CCCCUUCCGUGUCUUCCUCUCUCUAUGUUACAAGAUUCGGUUGUUACUUCUGCAAUACAGCAAAACCCAGAUCUCUUCUGCAUUAUCUUGCCAAUAGACGUUGAUUGCUUCGAAUUUCUUUUGGCUGCACAUCCAAACCAAUCCUUUGUCUCCUCUGCAUGCAGUGGUUUCUGUACUGGAAUUUGGCCAUUUGCUCAUAGUCCACCUGACUCUUACCCUUCUACUUGGGACCAGUCGCAGCGGGCAGUGAUUGACGAGCCAGAGAGGGAGUUUCUGCAAAUGCAGAUUGACAAGGAAAUCCAACUAGGAAGAUUCUCCCCUUUGUUCGGGGCCAACUUGCUGCCAGGCAUGUACAGCUCACCCAUUCAUGUUGUG